AAUAGUGUGAAUACAAUGUUAUUUAAAUACAUGUCUCUGGAGAUUUUAGAACUCUUUGACAACAACUUUGGAAGAGCUUCAACGAGGAAUGGAUUUUACCCAGGAAUAUCCAACACUGAAGGGGUUAACCUCAAAGAACCAUUGAAUAAUUUACUCAGGACUCAGGAAUGCGAGCCACUCAUAGGCGACACAUGGCAGGAAAACGGAUCUGAUUUGGACAGUCAUGGAAAAAUAGGGAUGUUCAGUACUGAUGAAGAUACACGGUCUUCGCAACUGAAUGUGUCCAUUUCAGAUUCAGACACAGAUUGGACCAGUCCUCUUUUUAAUAUUGCAAACAAAAGCAGUAGUGUCGAUAUUGUAACAAACGCUUUAGAGGAUUUAGACAUGGAUCAUAGUAAUCCUGUCGACCCAUGUACACAGAUGCCAAUACCACAGGAAGUUAAGCAUGGGAAUAUGCUGAAUGGAAAUCUCCUGAAUGAUUCACAGUCUUCCAUGGAAACCACUCUUCCCGAGGACUCUAGCAUGGACCUUAACACGAGUCAUGGAUCUAUGGAUAGUGAGUUAACAGAAGUUAACGGAAGUACAGAUUAUUCCUCGGAUAAAUUGGAAGACACAGAAUUACAGAUAGUUGAGGAGCCUGUUGUAACAAGGGAUUCAGCAAGUACCGAACAGGCGUUUUUUAAAUCCAACGUUUCAACUCCUCGAAGCCAGGAUUCAAUGAAUAAUAACAGUAAUAACAUCUACAAUAGUAAUCAUAUUUUAUCCGGAAGAGAUUCCACAGACUUUGAUGAUGAGGACGAUGAUGCCGAUGGCGCUUGCAGUAGCAAAAGUCGAAAUUCUGGAUAUAUAGAGUUCAAAGUUGAGGAAAUAUUGGAAUCUGAGAGGAGUUAUGUCAAAGACUUGGAUGAUAUUGUGGAGGGUUAUUUAUUAGCAAUUCUGGACCGGCCAACUUUGCCAUUGAAACCCGAAGAUUACCAAGCACUCUUCAGCAACUUGGAAUCUAUUCGUGACUUCAACAAAGAAUUCUUAAAGGAUCUUGAAGAUUGUGACCACGAUCCGGUUUUAAUUGCGGAGUGCUUCCUAGAAAAGGAGGAGGAUUUUAUAAUGUACUCCCAAUAUUGUACAAAUUAUCCCAGUGCAGUGAAGGUGCUCACCAAAUGUCUCCAUCAACCAGUCAUGUGUAAGUUCUUCCAAGACGCCCAGAACAAGCUAGGCCACGCCCUGCCCCUUGGAGCUUAUCUACUCAAGCCAGUGCAAAGGAUCCUAAAGUAUCAUCUUUUGUUCCAUGAUCUGUGUAAACACAUUAACACUGAUGACGAAAUAUAUGACACUUUAGAGGAAGCCCUAGACGCAAUGAAGGAGGUUGCAAAACAGAUUAACCACAUGAAAGCCCAGAGUGACAAAGUUCUACACGUACAACAGAUUCAGAGCCAACUACUAGAUCAGGACGAUGUAAUGAGAUUACAGGGGUCCAGAGGUGAUCGUAAUGUUUAUUUAUUUGAGAAGGCGUUCUUUAUUGCUAAGCGCAGAGAAGAUGGAUACAUCAGUAUCAAAACAGAAAUUAAGUGUUCCAACUUGUUACUGAUGGAAAACAUUCCGAAGGAGACUUUCGGCUUCACUGUAAUGCCAUUUGAUAACCGAGAUGAGCAGCAUAUCCUUGUGGCCAAAGGUCUUGAGCAGAAACAUCUGUGGACACAUCAAAUAAAGAAAAUGAUUCUAGAAAACUUCAAAGGUCUGAUUCCAAGUAAAGCCAAGGAUAUUGUACUCAACAAUCAGUCUGGAUCCUCAGGAAAAGAUGGAGAGAAAGACACAUCAACUAAAGAACAACCUGUUAAGUUAAGAAAGAGAAAACCUCGGUCAAAGCAACGUCGCAGGAGGAGGCAUUCGGACCCGCCAAGCCAGCUCAGACGAGGAACUGUUCAGGUCAAAGUGUCCCCUACAGAGACAAACGAACCGCCAACUACAAUGGGAAUGAAGAAACCUGAUGUAGCUAAAUUGAUGACAAAUAAGAGAGCAAGUAGCUUGGUACGAUCUGAAGGAAUAUGUAGUACAGAAGAAUCCAUGAGUGAGAGUGAGAGCUCAAACUCGCCUAACAGACUAAGUACUGUCCAAGUUAACGACAAGGACGACACCACUGAAAUGUCACAAGUUGAAACCAACAAUCAUCAGAACCAAAAUAUUGAUCUUCCAAAAGAUGAACAAACAGAUGAUGAUUUAGAUGAACAUAAUGAUCAACCACUUCCAGAACCUGAAGCAAUAGAGGAGACCUGUCCAAAUAUGAAGAAUAAUGUUGAAGAAGUAAAGAUGGAAGAACAUGAUGAAGACAGUCCUGACGAACUUGACAUUCUUGAAACCCUGCAUGAUACAAUAGAGAACAUUAUCCAAGAAGAAGGGGUAAAAAUGGGCAACAAGAAGGAGACCUCUCCAUUUCAGCUUCGAUCCAACAUCAAAGACCUCAAACCCAAGAAAGCUGAAUCGAUCGAAUUAGACAGUGAAGAUGUUUGGAUCAAAAGACCUAUAAUCCGAGGAGUCCGUGUCAGUGGAGACAGGCCAUUAGAUCGACCUUUAAGUGCUGAUAUAUUGACAAAUUCUUCACACUCAAGACGGUCUCUUUCCAGAUCUGUCAGUAGUGGAUAUCAGACUUUGCCAAAAGUGAUGAAAGCACAAUCUGACCCAAACUUCCUUUCUACCAAAAUAAAAUCUGAGCCAGUACUGAAUAAAACUGGUGAAGGAAAUAUGAGUGAGUCAAACUCUAGCAUUAUGUCAUCUGGUUUGGAUCAGACAUGCUCUUCACAUGAGAGUAUCUUGGAAUCCUUUGAAGAUAGUAUUGAAUAUGGGUUGUGUGCAUCUGGUGAUGCCCACCAGCUUCAGAGCUCUAAUGAUGAUUUUGCUAAAGAAACUAUCAAGAAUAAUGAGCCUGUCCAGGUCAAGCAAUCCCCAAGGUCGAAAGAUUCUGAUUGUAAAUCAAAGGUGAGUACACAAACCGACUCGGGCAAGUCAUUACACAAGACAGUCUCUGCAGAUAUCAGUGCAAUCAGCAGGAAUAUGAGGUUGUCCAAGGUUUUUAAAAUGGCUAGAGACUAUAGUCAGCGUGUAAAACGUACAUCAAGACCAGCAAUUGCUAGUCUCUUCAAUUCUGAUAAUGACCAAAGUAAUGAUAAACCAACAACUGAGGUGAUGCAUAAUAAGACAGACAAUGGGUCCAGUUUUGUAAAAAGUAAUAAGUCAUCUCCAACAUAUCAUGAGGAAGAGGUACCAGUAUUUGAUCCAACUGUGCCAUCAAUUGUUGAAGGAAAGGAAACAGCGCAAGAGGAAAAGAAGAGUGCAAUAAAGGUAGAAAGCAGGUUGCUUGGCAUUUCUCAAGCUGAUGAAACUGAAAGAAAAAGUAGAGAAAUCUAUCGAACAAGUGCCAUCAAGAGAUCAAAAUCAGCAGAAACUAUCAGUAAUGCAAAACUUAGUCUUCGCAUUUUUGAAGAUGCACCUGAUGAACCAGUUGGGGAUUUCAAAAGAGGUCCAAGUAUCAAAGAUCGUCUGCGCAGCAUCAAAGAAAAGACAACAUAUCAAAAGAAAAAUGAAAUAAAAGACCUUCCACAAAAGUUUAAAUCUUUGAAGGAACGGCAAAAAGAUUUGGAGAAGUGUGUCACAAAACCAAUUCCUAAAACGAAUAAGGAAGUUGAGAAAUUGAUAGCAACAAACAUAGAAGCUGCAAGCGAAGAUGAUGAAGUGGAUUCCAAAAUAACCAAGCUUACUCGACACAGCUCUUGCAGUUCCGUUUCCAGCAUUCAGUUGACUCCUUCUAAUGAGUCUAGACAUCGUAGUUGGUCUUCGAGAUCCAGUGGGCUUGACCAGGAAGAUGUAGUUUUCCGUUCUGUCAAACAACGGCAGCUGUUGCUUCAGAUGGCUUACAGUAAACCAGUUCCAAAAACUGUAAAUGUCAGUGCUGAAAUAAACACAGAAAUUCCAAAGAGUAGUUGGAGACUUUCUGACAACUCAAGGUAGUGGCAGUGAUAGUUGCUUCCUCUAACACAGACUGCACACCAUUAAACAUCAAAUAGAACUUUUAACAACAUCAAUAUCCAAAAUUCAACAAUUCACGACCUAAUGUGUAAAAUGAGUACUGGAUAAAUUCAUUAAAUUGGUUUAUCCAGAUUUUUAAUUACAGUAUUUUACAUACAACCAACAAUUGAUUUAUGGAUUUUAAGCUGUCUGCGAUAUAUACCUAUCUAAAUUGGAGUAUUGAAUGACUGCAAUAUGUCUGCCAAACCUUCUGUAAGAAAACAAGAACAAAAAUCUGAUGCAACUGCAACACUCUGAUUUAAUCAAAAGAGUAUAGAAUAGAGCACAGUUUGCACUUUCUAUAAACAAACGAUAUACCUCCAAUAGACCCAUGAGAGAUCCACUGCUUGCGUUUGAUUGUUAGUUUGAUUUGUUCUCCACACAAUUGAUAAUGUUAUAUGCUUAUAGUCGUUAUGAAGUUGCAACAUAUCCACUGUCUCUGUUGUAGACAAUCAGAGUAUAUAGUGAGUGCACUUCCAUGGUGACGAUUGCAACUUUUACGGUGUAACUAUAGAUGCAUGACAUAUUUUCAAACAGAACUGUGCGCUUUUCUGGUUUUAAACUCUUAAUAAUGCUGUUGAAUCAAACCAAUGAAAAUCAUUCCAACCAUUUGUCUCAAUUUGCAUCUAUUGUAGUCAUCACAAAAGGACAUCAUUAAAACUUACAAAGGCUCUAUUAACACAAGAUAAUAUUGGAAUCAAACAUUGCUGUAUUGGCUAAUGAAAUUCAAUGUUAUCAUCUAACAUGAAAGCAAUGUUAUCAUCUAAAAUGGCUUUGAAUUAUACUAAGUCAACAAAAUUGAUUUAUAAGAUCUUAGUGUCUAUUGCUUCUUCUCACAAAAUGUAAUACUAAUGCCAUCAUUACUAAAAGGCUCAAUUUAAAUCCGCCAAUGAAAUCAGUUAAAUAAUCUGCAUCAAAUCUACUGAUGAAAUAAUGAUGACAUCAUUACUACAUUCUUUUUCAACCACAUUUAUCUUGCUACAUAUUCCAAAGUCCAAAGGUUAUGUGUAUAAUAGCCUUGUCUACCAGACUACUUGAUCUCUUACCAUAGUUUAAACCUUUCUAAAAUAGUUAAGUCCAAUUAAAUUUAGCUUUUGUAAGUAACUUUGUAUCAAGAUUUUAUAUAACGGAUUGUACAAUCAUAUAUGUUUUUUAAUAAUGAAAUGCAUUUGAUAUUCUUCCAUUUUUGCAUGUUCAAACAUUAGAGUGACAUGAUUAGGAUUGUCUUUGUUUUCUGCUAUGAAAAGUUCUCUAUGCUCUACUUACUAAGCCCGUAAUGUAAUUUUCUUUUUCUGUGUGUAUUUUUUUAAAGAUUAUCUUGUUUUAAUUACCAUUCCACCAAAAUUACCAUAAUUUCUGUAACUUUUU